UGGACCAAAACCAGGCAAAUGGACUCGGAGUUAUCAGAACCAACAUCACCAAAAGUAACAUGCGCUGGGCAGAUCAAAGUCAGACACAAGGCAAGCUCCUGCAAGAACUGGCAAUCAGUCAUGGAAGAGAUUGAAAGGAUUCACAUCAGCAGGAAAAGCACCAAAAAAUCAACCUGGCUUGACUCACUGGGAUUCAAGAAAGAUAUAAUGCAAUUCUUAACAUGUUUAAGAAACAUAAGAUUCGAUUUUCGAUGCUUUGGUUCCUUUCCAGCUCAAUCAGAUAUCACCAGUAAUGAUGAAGAAGAAUAUGAAGAGUACGGGGAAUAUCAAGAAAACCAUGUUGGUGUUGAUGGAAGAAUUGACAAAGAGGAUUCAAGAACCAUAUUUUCUAAAUGGUUCAUGAUGCUGCAAGAGAAUCAGAAUAGCACUACUGGGUUCUUCAAAGAAGACGCUAAACAGAAAGAGAGGUCUUGCAAUGAUGAGUCUCUAGCUGCGCCCUCUGUUCCACCACCAAAUGCUCUCCUGCUUAUGAGGUGUAGGUCUGCUCCGGCGAAGAGUUGGCUGGAAGAAGAAGAAGAAGAGAAAGACAGGAAGCAAGAAGAGAAGAAAGGAAAGAAUUUGAAGGCUUUAAUGGAGGAAGAAGGAAAAAACAGUAAAAAAGAGAACUUGGUAAUGAUGAGCUAUGAUACAGAUUUCUAUAAACUUUCAACUGAUAUAGCUGAGGAAACAUGGAUUGGUGGUGGAACGAAAGAUACAGUAGCAAGAAGUAGAAGUUGGAAGAGAUGAUCAUGAACCUGGUGAUCCUGCUACAUUUUCCAUUUUACUUAGUCCCUGCCAAGCACACGGGGGAGUUAAAUUCUCCUUCCUAUUCAAAGCUAAAGCUAAAGGGGACAAUUCCUGUUUUGUGAAAGCAACGUCGGUUGCUUGCACGGGCUUGUUUUCCUCUUCUGAAAUAACGAGUAACUCAAAAGGUCAAAAGGGACGAUUCCUGUUUUGUAAAUAAAAGGACAGCCACAGCACAAAUUUCUCUUCCUCUUCUGAAACAGGGGAUGUCAAAUUUUCUUUUACGUUCGAUGUAUAAUAACGUCAGUAGCAAAAGGCAACAAUUCCUAUUUUUUUCCUU